ACGCAACGAUGAUUUUUCUCAACAAAUCAUAAAGACAUCGGUACUCUAUACUUUGUGUUCGGAGCCUGAUCCGGUAUAGUAGGCACUUCCCUAAGACUAAUUAUUCGAGCCGAACUUGGUCAACCAGGAAGAUUAAUCGGAGACGAUCAAAUUUAUAAUGUAAUCGUCACAGCCCACGCCUUCGUAAUGAUUUUCUUCAUAGUUAUGCCAAUCACAAUUGGGGGUUUUGGGAAUUGAUUAGUUCCCCUUAUACUUGGAGCCCCUGAUAUAGCCUUCCCUCGAAUAAAUAAUAUAAGAUUCUGACUUUUACCAUUUUCUCUCUCCCUUCUCCUUACAAGGGGAAUAGUAGAGAGAGGUGUCGGGACAGGGUGGACAGUUUAUCCUCCUCUAGCAGCAUCAAUCGCCCAUGCAGGAGCAUCAGUCGACCUAGGCAUCUUCUCCCUUCAUUUGGCCGGAGUCUCCUCAAUUCUCGGAGCUGUAAAUUUUAUAACCACAGCAAUCAAUAUACGAACCAGAGGGAUAUCCAUAGACCGAAUACCCUUAUUCGUAUGAUCCGUCUUCAUUACUGCAGUACUUCUGCUUUUAUCCCUCCCCGUUCUAGCAGGAGCAAUUACUAUACUUCUUACAGACCGAAAUCUAAACACUACUUUCUUUGACCCUGCUGGCGGGGGAGAUCCUAUUCUCUACCAACACUUAUUCUGAUUUUUUGGGCACCCCGAGGUCUACAUCUUAAUUCUACCAGCUUUCGGCAUAGUCUCACACAUCGUCACACAAGAAUCAGGCAAAAAAGAAGCAUUCGGCACACUAGGGAUAAUCUAUGCCAUAACAGCAAUUGGAAUUCUAGGAUUCCUCGUGUGAGCUCACCAUAUAUUCACUGUAGGUAUAGAUGUAGACACCCGAGCAUACUUUACAUCAGCAACCAUAAUUAUUGCUAUUCCCACAAGAAUUAAGAUCUUCAGAUGACUAAGAACUCUCCAAGGCUCUCAAUUCUCAUACUCUCCUUCACUCCUGUGAACCUUAGGUUUUAUUUUCUUAUUUACAGUAGGUGGCUUAACAGGAGUUAUCUUAGCAAACUCUUCAAUCGACAUUAUUCUUCAUGACACCUAUUACGUUGUAGCCCACUUCCACUACGUUCUAUCCAUGGGAGCUGUAUUUGGAAUUUUCGGAGGUAUUGUUCACUGAUUCCCUUUAUUCACUGGAUUUUCUCUGAAUUCUUCAUGAUUAAAACCUCACUUCUUUACUAUAUUUUUAGGGGUGAACUUAACCUUCUUUCCUCAACACUUCCUAGGAUUAAAUGGCAUGCCACGACGAUAUUCAGACUACCCAGACGCCUACGCAGCAUGAAAUAUUAUCUCAUCCAUCGGAUCUCUCAUUUCAUUGGUAGCUGUUUUUUGAUUCAUAAUUAUUGUUUGAGAAGCUUUAAUAUCAAAACGUAACAUUACUUCUCCGACCUUCCUACCUUCGUCCAUUGAAUGGCAGCACCCUUUCCCACCCGCUGACCACAGAUAUGCAGAAACCCCUCUAAUUUCUAACU